CGAGAACCAAGAAUGAUAGCUGCAGGGAAAUUUGCAAGUCUUCCCAGAAAUGUCCCGGUGAAUCAUCAGUUAUCAUUAGCUUCUUCCAUGGACCUUUUGACCACCAAACCCUCACUAGCUGAGCAUCGCUCAGACUCCUUUCAAGACAUCUCUAUCCAUGGCACUCUCCCCAGGAAAAAGAAGGGGACAGUUCCUGUUAGAUCCUGUGAUAUAUUUAGCCACAUGGGAACGUUACCAUACACCAGAACACACCGGCAGCAGCCACCUUUUAUACAGGAUGUCAUAGAAGAGUAUCCUCUACCAAAUAGAAAGAGCAGCAAACUCCAUGCCAGAGAUCAGAAUAUUCUGGAUCCUGCUUUGGAGUAUGUUAAGUUUUCUAAGGAGCGGCAAGUUACGGACAACAGCCCGGAAAAACUGAAGAAGGAGUUAGAGGAAGAACUGCAGUUAAGUAGUGAAGACUUGCGUAGCCAUGCCUGGUACCAUGGACGUAUUCCUCGACAGGUGGCAGAAGGCCUAGUUCAGAGGGAUGGAGAUUUUCUGAUCAGAGAUUCUCUUUCCAGUCCUGGGAACUUUGUUCUUACCUGUCAGUGGAAAAAUACCUCUCAGCAUUUUAAAAUCAACAGAACAGUUCUAAGAUUCAAUGAAGCCUACUGCCGUGUUCAGUAUCAGUUUGAACUUGAAAGUUUUGACAGUAUCCCUGGCUUAGUUAGAUUCUAUGUUGGGAAUCGCACACCAAUAUCAAAGCAGAGUGGAGCAAUUAUUUUUCAGCCUAUCAACAGGACUGUACCUCUCAGAUGUCUAGAAGAAAAGUAUGGUGUAACUCCAGUCCGACAAAAAGAGCAAGGUAUACCUGCAGGAAAAACAGAAACUGCAAAAAGACUGAGCCUUGGUAAAUCCAGCAUGCAGUCGCAGGAGCAGAGCAUACCCAGAGGAAAUCUUAUGAGAAACAAAGAAAAAAGUGGUAGCCAGCCAGCUAGCUUGGAUCAUGUUCUGGAGAAAAGAUUCCCUUUAAAGACUCACCAGUCGGAGAGCUACCUGCUGAUUGGUUCAAGACAUCCUUCUCAAUUACCUGAAGCAGAUGCAGACUCCUGUCCAAGCUCUCCUGCAUUUAGAACAGGCAGUGAACCUUCUCUAAGCCCAACAGUUGUUCAGAAAGUCACCUCUGAGACACAGGUAGGGGAAGCUCUUAGAGGAUCAGACAGUCAGCUCUGUCCAAAGCCUCCACCAAAACCCAACAAAGCACCCCUGCUAAAGGCCCCGGAUUCUCCUAUGGCUUCCCACAGUUCAGAUGGACACUAUUGUGAACUAAGUCCUGCCAGAGAUCCUGCAGCAACAAAACAUUGUGUCAGAAAAAACAGCUAUGUGGAGCAUCUGACACGGAAGGAGAAGGGAACACACUCAUUCAGGAACUCUGAAACAAGCUAUUUGAUCCUGGAUGAUGACCCUACAAUGAACCCUGCAGAUUGUUUAGAAGCUUCAACUGAGAUGGCUGAAGACAACAGCAUGUUUUCUGCACCUCUUUUUGAGACAGUGUCUAGUUUUAAACCAAAUGAUUUUGAAUCCAGACUACUUCCUCCUGAAAACAAGCCAUUGGAAACAUCAAUGUUAAGAAGAGUGAAGGAGUUUUUCACCAAGAACAAUCCAAAGGUUAUUGCACAGCAUAUUCUUAGGAUGGACUGCAAGGUGGCAAGGAUACUAGAAGUUUCUGAAGAGAUAAGGAGGCUUAUGGGAGUGAACUCUGGUCUUGAACUGAUUACCCUGCCUUACGGACACCAACUGCGCCUGGACCUAAUUGAAAGGCAUAAUACUAUGGCAAUAGGAAUAGCUGUGGAUAUCUUAGGUUGCACAGGAAAUAUAGAAGACAGAGCCGCAACAUUAAACAGGAUCAUCCAAGUCGCAGUGGAGCUGAAGGAUUCGCUGGGGGAUUUGUAUGCGUUUUCUGCCAUUAUGAAAGCACUGGAAAUGCCACAGGUCACUAGGUUAGAACAAACCUGGACCUCUUUAAGACAUCACUACACUCAGACUGCCAUUAUGUAUGAAAAACAGCUGAAGCCCUUUAGCAAAGCUUUGCAUGAAGGACAAGAGAUGAUCAGUUCUCCACAGAACAACAUAACAGUGCCACUCUUGAUGCCUCUUGUUACCUUAAUGGAGCGACAAGCUGUGAUUUUUGAAGCGAUGGACCUGUGGGAAAGCAGCGACCAAAGCUGUGAAAUAAUGCUCAAGCACUUGACCACAGCUCGACAGAUAGCACAGAAUGCAGAAAUGUACAGCUUGACCGCAGAACGGAUGCUGGAAGGUUUCCAACCAGAUGAAGAGAUGAGUGAAAUCUUCAAGACAGAAUUUCAGAUGAGAUUGCUCUGGGGCAGCAAAGGAGCACAAGUUAAUAAAAAUGAAAGAUAUGAGAAAUUCAGCCAGAUUUUAACUGCACUUUCCCGAAAACUGGAACCUCCUCUGGUGAAGCAGGUGGAACAAUUAAAUAUCUAAGACUCUAAACACUAUUAAGUGAUAUACUUGAAAUAACCAUAGCUUUCUUUUGGUAAUUUGAUACUGCACAAACUUCUUGCAUUUCACAAGAUGUUUAGAACUUUUAACAACACAAUGCACACUUGUUUUAAAACUACUGAUUUCUAAAACAAAUUAUUUAUUUACUGUGGCACCAAGUCAUUUAAUGAUCCUUUUAAACAGGUAGGUUAUCCCUGUAAGAUAGUUUUACAGCUUUCUAUAUUUCUCUAGUGUUGCGGUGUUUUCAUAAUGUCUACAACUAGGGGCAUCGGCCUCUUAAUGAUAUUAAAAUGAAGCAAAUAGUGUAAAUGAAGUGAUAGAUUAACUAUGUGACACUGCAGAAAAUUUCAGUUGUAUAAUAUUCCUUAACUGAGUACAAAACACUAUGUACAGAAUUGUGAAUUAAAGUCUAUCUUUAUGCAAAAUUAUUUGCAUACUAUGGUUGAAGAAAUGAUCUGUGACUGCAAAAGAAGGCUUAAAUUUCACAUUACCUGUGAAAGUAGAAAAUUAGUUGUGUAUGUGGUGGGACAACUUCAAGUGUUUUUUUUAAGACAAUCUGUAGGACUUUGGCUUUUACUGGAGCCUGUACAACAGCUAUGCUGCCAGGAAAUGAAUGAUGAAAUGGCAAGAACAAACAAUCCAGAUGAUUAAAAUGCUUUCCGAUAAAACUAAAUGUGGGUGUAUGUAUAUGGUAAACUUGCUUCAUCAUCUAGAGGUGAAUCACUUUGAUAAGCAGUACUUAUAUUUUUUUCUUGGAUGACAGUAAAAGGUAAGUUGUUAGCACUUUUCAUAGAUAAUCAGGGUGCAUGAUGUUUACAUAAAGAAUGCUUUAGCAGCAAAUUCUACUUUGUCAGAUACAGAUUCAGUGUUCUCAGAAGUUGUACAAAUAUUUAGGCAAGAACUAUGGUUAGUGUUGAAUUUGCUUGUUGUCAUUAAGCCUGCUUCUAGAGUGAGAUGUUACAGCAUUUGAAAGUACUGGAAUAGUGAGUAGGCUAACCAGAAAACUGACCAAUACCAAAAUGGUAGCAUUCUGUUCCCACCAUCUGUAAUCAGUGCCGAGGUUCUACAACCAUAACAACAGGUUACAAACUUCCUAUUUAGGCCAGGAUGCUCUAAGUCUCCCCGUCAAUCUUAAUAGAAGAAAAAGGUUGAAACUAAUUAUUUAGACCAUGAAAAGAUUUUUUAUUCCAUGAAAAUAUUCUCAACAGAGAACGCUAUUUUUAAACAGAGCAUUUAACAUUUAAGAAAUCAACAUGUGCACAAAAAAAAAAGAUUAAAAAUUACUGGAAAAUGUAAGAUUCGUUAAGACAAUUCACGUUCAAAAUUUUAGAAUAAGUGAUAACUAGCUAUGCAAGGACAGAUGUCUUUUUUCCUAUGCCUAAUAACCCUCAUAACAAGUUGCACUAUCCCUCAUGAAAGCAACCUGCCUCCAAAGGAAGCAAAUCCUGGUUUUAGAAAAACAAACAGUAGCGUGAAAAGAACAUUCAGUCCUUUACCAGGAAGUGUUAUUACUGACCUGCAAGGCUGUUAGCCAGGCAAACAAACCACAGGCCCUUUAGCAGAAAAUACACAGAUCACAUUUCCAACUUCUAGCUUUAAAAUAAAAAAGCACUAAUUAAAACAAAACAAAAACUACAUAAGUAGUUUUGUCAGUAUUGAGUAUUGUCACAUUAUUAUAUAAAUAACCCUGUAUACAAGCUCCAAAAAUCUAAACUUUAGAGUUUAAUAGCCCCCAUAAUACACUAGGUCAAGCUGUGUAAUAGUGGUAUACAUAACAAAAGGAAUAAACCUCUACACAAGUCACUCAAAUUCAGUUUUACUCGUAGUACAGUUCCUAAUAACACUGAAAUUAAAAAGAAUCCAGCACUGCUGCAUCCAAAUAUUGCUUCAGACCCCAGGAAAACAGGAUGUUUUGAUUAUUAUUUCAUUUCCCCAAACAGCAGUUGGCUGGGCUGACAAGCUUUGUUUGAUGCAAGUAUCCCUCCCACCCCCCACCCAACGU